AUGUCUUCCACAGAUAAGGUCAUGGUGGACGCAUAUUCUAUCCCAGACUCCGAGAUCAAAACACUAGGAUCCUCAGUUGUUGAGAUAUCUGUUGCCGACGGGAGGGAGACAAUAACCAAUGUUCCUGACGCGGAAACACUCAUAUCUAUUGACUCCGAUGAUAAGUUCAUUGAGGAAGAGCAAGACGAUGAGGUCGAGGAUCAGCAGGUGACACCCAGCUCAGAGGUGGUAAAUCCCCGCGGUUACCAGCGAGAGAUGUUGGAACGGAGCCUCGAAAGGAAUAUCAUCGUUGCAAUGGACACAGGAAGCGGUAAAACUCAAGUGGCCGUGAUGCGCAUCCAACACGAACUUGACACAUGUGCACCAGACAAGAUCGUCUGGUUCUUAGGCAAGACAGUAUCGCUAUGCGAACAGCAGUACGACGUUCUUCAAAUACAAAUGCCGUCGGUGUCAAUGAGACUGCUGACUGGGCAGUUAAACAUUGACACAUGGUCUGAGGAUGUCUGGCCCCGUAUCCUCCACGGGACUCGCGUUGUUGUCUCAACCUUUGACGUCCUGCGAGAUGCACUGGACCAUGCAUUUGUCAGGAUAGACAUGCUGUCUCUUAUCGUGUUCGAUGAAGUUCACAAUUGCGUGAAGAAUAGCGGUGGUCGAAAGAUCAUGGUGAAUCACUAUCACAGACACAAGAGUGCUGGCAUGCCCGUGCCUGUUAUUCUGGGUUUAACAGCUAGCCCGGUGCAGUCGAGGUCGAGGCACGAUGAGAUCCGCGAGCUCGAAAUCACCAUGGAUGCGAUAUGUAUCACUCCAACGGUUAAUCGGGAAGAGCUACUCCGUCACGUCAAUAAGCCCGAUCUUUCCCGGGUACUGUACGAUGUAGAAGAACAUCCAGCUCGAACCCCCUUAAUGCAGACUCUACGGUCUGAAUACUUGGCGAUGGACAUCACAAAAGAUCCAAGUAUCACAAAAAUCCGAGAGCUCAUCGCUAAGAACGCGAGCACCGGACCUGAAGUACUAUCUUUGUUGAUGAAACACGGGACCUUCUCUCAGAAGCAGCUGAAGGCGUUUUGGAACAAAAGCAAGGACAUUCUUAGUGAACUUGGACCUUGGGCCGCCGACAAGUACAUCUCUGACUUGGUCAAUAUAUUCCUACAGAGGGUCGACUCGUCAUCGAAACUCAACGAUGCCUGGAACAACGAGGACAGAACCUAUCUCGCAGGGCAUAUGAGACAGAUCGCUGCUAGUCCCCAUCAACCCAAACUACCGGCCACACACAACUUGUCUGACAAGACGAACAAACUAAUUCAUGAACUCCUUACAGCUGAUGAGGACACGGUCGGUAUCAUAUUCGUCAGAUCGAGGGUUGCCGCCAACGUCCUUGGCUCUCUGUUAAAAGAGCACCCUGAGAUUCGAAAGCGGUAUCGUGCCAGUUCAGUAGUGGGAUUUUCAUCUACAAAAGUUCAUAAGCAGAACAUCCAUGAAUAUAUGCCUAGUUCAAGUACCGAGACAUUGCGCGACUUCAAAUCAGGUGUCAUCAAUCUUCUGGUUUCGACGAGUGUCCUUGAAGAGGGCAUCGACGUUGCGGCGUGCAACCUCGUCGUCUGUUUCGACGAGACAACCACCCUCAAAUCCCACAUCCAACGCCGCGGACGGGCUCGCAGAAAGAAUUCAAAGAUGAUUGUACUUACUAAAUCUACAUCUGACGUUCAGGAAUGGGAUUCUCUAGAGGCUGAGAUGAAGAGUCAGUAUGAGCAGGAAAGAGAAGAGUUGGACAGACUAGAGAUAGAGGCUCGCACUGAAGCGACGAGCUCGAUGUCCUUGGUUAUUCCAAAUACAGGAGCCAGACUGGAUCUCGAGAACGCUCGCCAACACCUCGAACAUUUCUGCAGCAAGGUGUUCCGACGGGACUACGUGGAUCAAAGACCUGUGUACGUUUACCAAAAGACAGAACAGGGAACAGCACCUCCGGGUUUUAGCGCCACGGUUACUCUUCCGGCUGCUCUGCCUCGGCACCUCCGCAAGACCCAGGGCAGAGGCGGAUGGAGAUCUGAAAAGAAUGCACAGAAAGAGGCAGCUUUCGUUGCAUUCGUCGGGCUGUACCAAGAAGGACUGAUUGGUGAUCACCUCCUUCCCCUUAACGCGGACUCGAAAGGAGCAGAAGAAGAGGUGCAGCUCACUCGACCCGAACUUCUAUUCAACCCAUGGCGAGACGUUGCACAAAAAUGGCAGACAGCCAAUGAUAAAUGGCUCUAUUCUUAUGAGUUCUUCGACCACGAGUACGUUACUCCUCUUCGUUUCAAUAUUGCCCUGCCUGUGGAGCUUCCUCAACCUCGUGACAUCACCGUCUAUCCCCAAGAAGGACUUACGUGGCAUGUCAAAUGCACCUCAAUCAAGAGAAUCUCCCAUGCAGAAUGCUUGGACUUGCCGGAUCAUACAUCUAUCCUAUUAGCGAUGCAUUUUGGCCACCGCUGGAACGUGGAAGACAGGGAUCAUGUGAUCAAACUCAUCUAUGAGAAUAGGGACCUUUCUCUGGAUCGUAUCGGAUCCAUACCCUUCAAUGAAAGCAUUGAUGCUGUAUUGGAAAAAAGAGUUCUAGUUCGGGACGCUAGAAAGACCCCCUACCACUACGUCCGAACGAUCCCCUCAAAACCGCUCAAAGAGCAAGUCAAGCAUCCAUUUUCAGAAUACGAAGAUGCUCCAGAAGAACAAUAUCUCGUUGUAGAGCAAUGGACGCGCAGAUCGGACCUAUUGCAUGAUUUUUUUCACGGCCAGACUCGGAGCGCCAGUACCAAACCGUACCGCUGGGUUAUCCCCAUUUCCCAAGCGACCGUCGAUGAGGUUCCUCGCCGUGCCGCUAAGUGCGGCAUGCUUAUUCCUUGCAUCAUUCAUGAAUUGGAGGUUCAGCUCAUCACGUCGGAACUGUCCUCGACAAUAUUGGCGCCAGUGGGUAUAACAGACUUGCAGUUGGUGAUCGAAGCCAUCAGCUCACGUAGCGCUGCGGAGCCUGUUGAAUAUGAACGUCUUGAGUUCUUGGGUGAUUCAAUUUUGAAGUUUUGCACGGUUACUCAGGCGUACUCUGAACACCCCUUUUGGCCGGAAGGCCUCCUCAACCAUUUCAAAGAUCAGCUAGUCUCCAAUAACCGAUUGACUCGUAUGUGCCUCGAGACAGGCCUAUCGAAAUUUAUUAUAACCAACCCGUACACUGGUCUCAAAUGGCGACCGCUGUAUCAGGACGACUUUCUAGAUGUGAAGCCAGCCGAGGGCGCAUCAAGGUUUAUUGGCCCAAAGGUUCUUGCUGAUGUGGUCGAAGCACUUGUUGGAGCCUCUUACCAGGAUGGAGGUAUGAACAAAGCUCUGGAGUGUAUCAAAGUCUUCUUAGGCUCCAAGUGCAACUGGUAUAAUGACGGAGUCGCCAGGGACAUACUAUUCCGAGAAGCACUUAGCGACGUACAAUUACCCCCCACGAUGGAGCCUUUGGAAGAGCUAAUUGGGUACACAUUUGAGAAGAAGUCUCUACUCAUUGAGGCAAUGACCCACGGAUCUUAUGCGGCUGAUACGCAGCAGCGAUCUUAUGAACAACUCGAGUUUCUUGGAGAUGCGGUUCUCGACUGUAUCGUCGUAACCCGGAUGUACCAGUUCGAUCCACCAGUGCCCCAUGGACGCCUACACAUGAUCAAGACCGCCAUGGUUAAUGCUGAGUUCCUCGCGUUUACAAACAUGCAAUACGGAUUGCUUCGACCCGAUAUCGAAUUCGAGGACGGCGAGCCAGUAUCCACAGAAGUAUCUCUUCCCAUUUGGAAAUUCAUGCGCCACAACUCUCAAGAGAUGGGUAGAAUUAUGAAAGAAACCCAAGCAAGAUUUGAGAGUCUUCAAGAUGAAAUCAAUGCGGCUAGAAUGAAUGGUACACAUUAUCCAUGGACACUUCUCGCACGUCUCCAUCCCAAGAAAUUCUACUCCGAUCUUAUAGAAGCUGUUCUGGGUGCCAUUUGGGUUGAUUCGGGAAACAUGGAAACAUGCACAGCCUUCCUUCACAAAUUCGGCAUCUUGCCCUACCUCGACCGGAUUCUCAAUGACAAUAUCCACGUACAACACCCCAAAGAAGAGCUCACCAAACUAUCGGUCAACGAGAAAAUGUUCUAUGACUGUACUCUGGUUGACGGACCUAUCAAGGAGUACCUCUGCACAGUCAAGGUUGGAGAUCGUAUCGUGGGAGUCGUGUCAGGGGCACUCAAUAAGAUUGAGGCCACGGCCAAGGCUGCCGAAGAGGCCGUAAACCUUUUGAAAGCGGAGCAGAGACGGGCAGAACAAGCGGCGCAGGAUGAAGUGGAGCGGUUUCUUGUUGCAAUGGACCUUUCUUAG